AUGGUUGAAUUGGUUGAAGAUAGAUCCAUGCGUUGUGAGAAGAAAAUAGAACCAAAGGUGAUGUUUGCAACAGUGCCUCGGUGUUUGUUAUCAUCGCUAAGGUUUGUGGAAAUGACACGUUCGAUCUCAGAGUGUAAAGGAGAAAUGGAGCUGAUAAGAUACUUCAUGAAGAACUCAACAACCCUGGAGAAACUAGAGCUUGAUCUGUACUAUACGACGAAUAGAGCAUAA